UUCUACCCGUGAGGAGCGAACAUCGAGCCCAAAAUCUAAGACGAAACAGGGUUUAAAUUAAAAAUAGUUUAGUUAAAUAUAUUAAUUAUUUUGUAUAUUUUCCAAAUCUAUAGUUUUUUCAUUCUGACCCUCAAACGAUUCACAUAAUGACCUAAAAAUUAUUAGGCAGCUGACGGAAAUGUGCACUUGGUGGUUUAUUUUAUUAGUAAUUUUUACGUUUGCUUUAUGUGUAAACAGCAACAUUGAUUUGGACACUACUAUUGCGUCAGCGCGUUGUCAAGCAUUUUGCAUGUAUAAGAUGCAAUCAAGUCAACCCAAGCUGGAUUGCUGCAAGUUUUCCAAUUGUUCACAGGGUUCAGAAUGUCUAGAGGCGUGUCAGUUCCACUCUCCACCUCCCAGACCUGUCUCUACAGCGCCGCUGGAGGAGAUGCUGGUCAACCAGUCCAGAGUGUCAUGGCCGUCUACCCCAGGUCCUGUCAUAUAUGUGGUGAUGACUGUCAGACUUGACAUCCUCCGUAUUUCCAGGGUUCAGAAUGUCUAGAGGCGUGUCAGUUCCACUCUCCACCUCCCAGACCUGUCUCUACAGCGCCGCUGGAGGAGAUGCUGGUCAACCAGUCCAGAGUGUCAUGGCCGUCUACCCCAGGUCCUGUCAUAUAUGUGGUGAUGACUGUCAGACUUGACAUCCUCCGUAUUUCCAGGGUUCAGAAUGUCUAGAGGCGUGUCAGUUCCACUCUCCACCUCCCAGACCUGUCUCUACAGCGCCGCUGGAGGAGAUGCUGGUCAACCAGUCCAGAGUGUCAUGGCCGUCUACCCCAGGUCCUGUCAUAUAUGUGGUGAUGACUGUCAGACUUGACAUCCUCCGUAUUUCCAGGGUUCAGAAUGUCUAGAGGCGUGUCAGUUCCACUCUCCACCUCCCAGACCUGUCUCUACAGCGCCGCUGGAGGAGAUGCUGGUCAACCAGUCCAGAGUGUCAUGGCCGUCUACCCCAGGUCCUGUCAUAUAUGUGGUGAUGACUGUCAGACUUGACAUCCUCCGUAUUUCCAGGGUUCAGAAUGUCUAGAGGCGUGUCAGUUCCACUCUCCACCUCCCAGACCUGUCUCUACAGCGCCGCUGGAGGAGAUGCUGGUCAACCAGUCCAGAGUGUCAUGGCCGUCUACCCCAGGUCCUGUCAUAUAUGUGGUGAUGACUGUCAGACUUGACAUCCUCCGUAUUUCCAGGGUUCAGAAUGUCUAGAGGCGUGUCAGUUCCACUCUCCACCUCCCAGACCUGUCUCUACAGCGCCGCUGGAGGAGAUGCUGGUCAACCAGUCCACAGUGUCAUGGCCGCCUACCCCAGGUCCUGUCAUAUAUGUGGUGAUGACUGACGGGACUCAGCUGUGUCAGACACUUCAAUCCUCUGUCUCUCUCCCACCCUCUGUAGACCCCUCCACAGUGCGAGUGUUGGUGGUGGACUGGCGAGGGUUGGUCAAGGUGUUCUGCCCUGUUGAAGAGUCUCCUAUAGACCAGACGCUGCGCAUACUUCGUAGUCUGGGGAUGGAAGGAGAAUUUAAUGGGAACCUACCAAAGAACUCUUCACACCAUACGAACCUGAAGAUCACGUGUUCACCACCUUGGAGGUUAAGCAUCGAGUCAGUUCUCCAACAACCGCCAUUGGUUGUUGUCCAAAUCAGCUGGCGACACUAUCACAAUCAGCUGAUAAAGAUCAAAGGAGUGACGUCAUAUAUGGUCACGUGGACAAUGAGCGAAGGUGUCGUCAAAGGAAACGUGUUUACCAACGCCUCAACAAUCACUUUGUCAUUGCUGCCUGAAACAGUCUACAGAAUACAGGUUUUAAGGUUUGACGAAAAAUGCCAAAGUGAGGUUAUCGUGCUAGAUACCUCAAGUAGCUCUAAAACCAAUCUAUCAUCCACAUGGAAUGGAGACAUUUCACAAUCAAGUAUAAUAAUGUAUAGGUGGCAGUAUGCAAGACAUGUGGCAAUGUUAGUAUUUAUUUUAGUGAUAGCAGGUGUAGUUUGGAGGUGGAGGUAUGGCAAGUAUCUACCCAAGAAUAGAAAAUUUUAUGAGAGAAUCUAAACCACAUUCGCAUAGUCCUAAAAAAAUCCUAAUAUUUGUACUGUUAGAAAAUCCUAUUAGGACAUUCUUAUGUUUUAAUGAAGGAUGACAAUGUCAAUAAUUGGUUGUGCCAGUUUCAUUGGUUUAAAGACCUUAUAAUGUCAGAGUGGUCCCUAGUAGUCUGUUCGUUCCCAAUAUAAAAGAUAAAAUUAUAUGAAGAAUAAAAUAAGAUUCAAUCAUGCUAAUAAUAAUGUUAUGGGAAAAAUGAUAAUAUCAGUAUUAUAAUUAUGAAACCAUGUAACUAUGUAAAUAAAGCCAUACAUUAAUUAUUCUAGUCACAAUUUAUGUUAUA